AUCAGAACGAUGGUACUCAAUAAUAUUUUAAAUUCUGAGAAUUUUAAGAAGUUCUGCGCUUCCUGACGUCAUCAACAAGUUGGUAGAACUGCUGGAACUCUUUUUCAGACAGCUGCCAGGUGUUUCGGCUAAGAAUAAUCUCAGUAUUGUAUAUGUAUCGAUAGGGUACAGAUAAUAUAUCCUUAUUGUUACAUCACUUACAAUAUCAGACACAGCAAUAAUGACUGAACGAUCCUGGGAAGAGAAAUAUAAGCUCAUUACGAGGAAUCUAGCAGAAUGGCUUGGCGAUGAGAAACUUAAGACAAUCCUUAAGCAAAGGGAUAUAAAAAUAUACUGGGGCACUGCAACAACAGGAAAGCCUCACAUUGGAUAUUUCACUCCAAUGUCAAAGAUUGCUGAUUUUUUAAGAGCCGGUGCAGAAGUCACUAUUCUCUUUGCCGAUCUUCAUGCUUACUUGGACAAUAUGAAAGCCCCCUGGGAGUUGUUGGCCUUACGAACAAAGUACUAUGAAGCUGUUAUCAAAUCCAUGCUCAAGUCCAUCGAUGUGCCCUUGGAUAAAUUAAAAUUCAUUAAAGGAACAGAAUACCAGUUAUCCAAGGAAUAUACGCUAGACGUAUAUCGGCUUGGUUCUAUUGUAACUGAACACGAUGCGAAAAAAGCAGGAGCUGAAGUUGUUAAACAAGUGGCUAGCCCGUUAUUAUCUGGUUUACUCUACCCUGGAUUGCAGGCACUUGACGAACAAUAUCUUAAGGUAGAUGCUCAAUUCGGUGGUGUAGAUCAGAGAAAAAUUUUUACUUUCUCUGAGAAAUAUCUACCAAUGCUUGGAUAUGAGAAACGUGUUCAUCUAAUGAAUCCUAUGAUUCCUGGACUUACUGGCGCAAAAAUGUCUUCAUCCGAGGAAGAUUCUAAAAUUGAUCUUUUAGAUGACGCAGCAGCCGUCAAAAAGAAAUUAAAAAAGGCUUUUUGUGAACCUGGUAAUAUUACUGACAAUGGAAUUCUGUCAUUUUCUAAGCAUGUUAUAUUCCCACUGUUGAAGAGCGAUGAAGUCUACAUCAUACCGCGCAAGGACGAAUUUGGUGGAGAUGCGCAAUUUGUGAAGUAUGAGGACCUUGAAACUGCCUUUGCGAAACAGGAAAUUCAUCCUGGUGAUCUUAAGGCAGCAGUUGAGAUUUAUAUAAACAAGCUUUUAGAUCCGAUCAGAAAGGAAUUCUCAGCUGAUCCAAAAUUGAAAAAACUUAGCUCUGAAGCAUAUCCACCACCACAAAAACAAAAACCUGUGGAGGAUAUUGUCCCAUCUAGAUUAGAUAUCAGGGUAGGAAAGGUUGUGGAAGUUGAAAAACAUCCUGACGCGGAUGCCUUGUAUGUGGAAAAAAUUGAUCUAGGGGAAGCAAACGGUCCUAGGACAAUAGUGAGUGGCUUAGCUAAUUUUGUACCUUUGGAAGAAAUGAAAGAUAGAUUGGUUGUUGUUUUGUGCAACUUGAAAGCUGCUAAUCUCAGAGGAAUACAGUCACAUGGAAUGGUACUCUGUUCAUCUACAGAUCAGCCUACAAAACAAGUAGAACCUCUGAGGCCACCUAGUGACGCGGUACCCGGGGAAAAGGUUCUAGUAGAAGGUUAUGAGGAAGGUGUUCCUGACGACAUUUUAAAUCCAAAAAAGAAAGUUUGGGAUAAACUACAGGUGGACCUUAUUGUGAAUGGAAACGGAGAAGCUGCAUGGGCAGGAAAUGCUUUGCUUACUGCUAGCAAUGGAAAAAUCACAUCAGACACUUUGAAAAAUGUACCAAUAAAAUAAUAGGUUUAUACUGCUUAGACACAAAAACUUUCUAUCAUUGCAUUUUGACAGUCUUUUGACAAUGAUUAACAACAGUUUUGUCACCUGAAUUGAAUAAAAAGAGCUUCUUCAAAAA